GACCGACGACACUUGUCUUGAUGCCAGCAUUCCAGUCGAACCCGGUCAGCCCGUCGAAACUAGCGCGGACGAUCAAGAAAUACCCGUUGCUCUUCGGAGCGCCGUUUUGUCUCAUCAUCGUUGGUGCUUCCUUUGGCAUGCAAGCAUUCACCCAAACUAGGUACGACCUACAAGAUCGGAAGACCAAACAGAUUUCCGAUGAACAAGCGCUCGGUCUCGGCAAGGCCAAGAAGAAGCUCGACAUUCGGGAGGAAUACUUUAGACUCAGUGCUGUAAGCAACGACGACUGGGAGCAAAAGAGAAUUGCUCGGCCGCCAGGGCUACCGGAGUGGGGUGUACCACCAACCGAGCCCCCUGUACCGAAGAACGCCAAACCAUAAGAGUCGCGUUUUCUCGAGGUGUUCACGCGGCCAGCAAGCUGUGACUGCUCAAAAAUGCCGACUUACGCUGUCCGGUCGCACUGCUAACGGAUGUCCGGUGGAUUGCACGACGAAGUAUAUGCUCAACCGGCAUAUGUGGCCUCGAGUUGAGGUCGAAGCUCUGAUGGUCCACUUGUGUGCUUAUAGUUAUUGUCAUCGUGGACGUCGUUCCCCGAGCUACUAGUAGUACUAGCUUAAUGCAUCAUCUUAAUACUUGAACUGUUGGAACCUUGUCUAGUUGUUGACCGGUGUGUGUUGACACCAGAGGAG